AUGAAGUCGGAGUUGGGAUGGCGCAUGGAAGACAGGAACGGUGGCCCGGGCGCCCCGCCAACCUCUCGGGCCACUACCGCUGCCGCCCCCAGCGCCCGCGGCAGUGGACAAACAACUGGAGCAGCUGCGCGCUGGCACAGCGGACCUCGGCUCUUCGAUCGCCCACGUUCCGCCGCCCCUACCAAACCAUACCUCACCAUCCACCACUGGGAGGAGGUGUGA